AUGUUAUUUUAUUUCAUCUUGAUUUUGGUACAUUUUCAAGUUGCUAUGGGAAACUGGUUUUUUACACAACCUAAAUUUUCAUUUAAGGGUCAAAAUAUUGAAUCGUUAACGAAUCAUCAUCAUAAUCAUCAUCAUCAUCAUCAUCAUCAUCAUCAUCAUCAUCAUCAUCAUCAUCAUCAUCAUCAUCAUCAUCAUCAUCAUCAUCAUCAUCAUCAUCAUCAUCAUCAUCAUCAUCAUCAUCAUCAUCAUCAUCAUCAUCAUCAUCAUCAUCAUCAUCAUCAUCAUCAUCAUCAUCAUCAUCAUCAUCAUCAUCAUCAUCAUCAUCAUCAUCAUCAUCAUCAUCAUCAUCAUCAUCAUCAUCAUCAUCAUCAUCAUCAUCAUCAUCAUCAUCAUCAUCAUCAUCAUCAUCAUCAUCAUCAUCAUCAUCAUCAUCAUCAUCAUCAUCAUCAUCAUCAUCAUCAUCAUCAUCAUCAUCAUCAUCAUCAUCAUCAUCAUCAUCAUCAUCAUCAUCAUCAUCAUCAUCAUCAUCAUCAUCAUCAUCAUCAUCAUCAUCAUCAUCAUCAUCAUCAUCAUCAUCAUCAUCAUCAUCAUCAUCAUCAUCAUCAUCAUCAUCAUCAUCAUCAUCAUCAUCAUCAUCAUCAUCAUCAUCAUCAUCAUCAUCAUCAUCAUCAUCAUCAUCAUCAUCAUCAUCAUCAUCAUCAUCAUCAUCAUCAUCAUCAUCAUCAUCAUCAUCAUCAUCAUCAUCAUCAUCAUCAUCAUCAUCAUCAUCAUCAUCAUCAUCAUCAUCAUCAUCAUCAUCAUCAUCAUCAUCAUCAUCAUCAUCAUCAUCAUCAUCAUCAUCAUCAUCAUCAUCAUCAUCAUCAUCAUCAUCAUCAUCAUCAUCAUCAUCAUCAUCAUCAUCAUCAUCAUCAUCAUCAUCAUCAUCAUCAUCAUCAUCAUCAUCAUCAUCAUCAUCAUCAUCAUCAUCAUCAUCAUCAUCAUCAUCAUCAUCAUCAUCAUCAUCAUCAUCAUCAUCAUCAUCAUCAUCAUCAUCAUCAUCAUCAUCAUCAUCAUCAUCAUCAUCAUCAUCAUCAUCAUCAUCAUCAUCAUCAUCAUCAUCAUCAUCAUCAUCAUCAUCAUCAUCAUCAUCAUCAUCAUCAUCAUCAUCAUCAUCAUCAUCAUCAUCAUCAUCAUCAUCAUCAUCAUCAUCAUCAUCAUCAUCAUCAUCAUCAUCAUCAUCAUCAUCAUCAUCAUCAUCAUCAUCAUCAUCAUCAUCAUCAUCAUCAUCAUCAUCAUCAUCAUCAUCAUCAUCAUCAUCAUCAUCAUCAUCAUCAUCAUCAUCAUCAUCAUCAUCAUCAUCAUCAUCAUCAUCAUCAUCAUCAUCAUCAUCAUCAUCAUCAUCAUCAUCAUCAUCAUCAUCAUCAUCAUCAUCAUCAUCAUCAUCAUCAUCAUCAUCAUCAUCAUCAUCAUCAUCAUCAUCAUCAUCAUCAUCAUCAUCAUCAUCAUCAUCAUCAUCAUCAUCAUCAUCAUCAUCAUCAUCAUCAUCAUCAUCAUCAUCAUCAUCAUCAUCAUCAUCAUCAUCAUCAUCAUCAUCAUCAUCAUCAUCAUCAUCAUCAUCAUCAUCAUCAUCAUCAUCAUCAUCAUCAUCAUCAUCAUCAUCAUCAUCAUCAUCAUCAUCAUCAUCAUCAUCAUCAUCAUCAUCAUCAUCAUCAUCAUCAUCAUCAUCAUCAUCAUCAUCAUCAUCAUCAUCAUCAUCAUCAUCAUCAUCAUCAUCAUCAUCAUCAUCAUCAUCAUCAUCAUCAUCAUCAUCAUCAUCAUCAUCAUCAUCAUCAUCAUCAUCAUCAUCAUCAUCAUCAUCAUCAUCAUCAUCAUCAUCAUCAUCAUCAUCAUCAUCAUCAUCAUCAUCAUCAUCAUCAUCAUCAUCAUCAUCAUCAUCAUCAUCAUCAUCAUCAUCAUCAUCAUCAUCAUCAUCAUCAUCAUCAUCAUCAUCAUCAUCAUCAUCAUCAUCAUCAUCAUCAUCAUCAUCAUCAUCAUCAUCAUCAUCAUCAUCAUCAUCAUCAUCAUCAUCAUCAUCAUCAUCAUCAUCAUCAUCAUCAUCAUCAUCAUCAUCAUCAUCAUCAUCAUCAUCAUCAUCAUCAUCAUCAUCAUCAUCAUCAUCAUCAUCAUCAUCAUCAUCAUCAUCAUCAUCAUCAUCAUCAUCAUCAUCAUCAUCAUCAUCAUCAUCAUCAUCAUCAUCAUCAUCAUCAUCAUCAUCAUCAUCAUCAUCAUCAUCAUCAUCAUCAUCAUCAUCAUCAUCAUCAUCAUCAUCAUCAUCAUCAUCAUCAUCAUCAUCAUCAUCAUCAUCAUCAUCAUCAUCAUCAUCAUCAUCAUCAUCAUCAUCAUCAUCAUCAUCAUCAUCAUCAUCAUCAUCAUCAUCAUCAUCAUCAUCAUCAUCAUCAUCAUCAUCAUCAUCAUCAUCAUCAUCAUCAUCAUCAUCAUCAUCAUCAUCAUCAUCAUCAUCAUCAUCAUCAUCAUCAUCAUCAUCAUCAUCAUCAUCAUCAUCAUCAUCAUCAUCAUCAUCAUCAUCAUCAUCAUCAUCAUCAUCAUCAUCAUCAUCAUCAUCAUCAUCAUCAUCAUCAUCAUCAUCAUCAUCAUCAUCAUCAUCAUCAUCAUCAUCAUCAUCAUCAUCAUCAUCAUCAUCAUCAUCAUCAUCAUCAUCAUCAUCAUCAUCAUCAUCAUCAUCAUCAUCAUCAUCAUCAUCAUCAUCAUCAUCAUCAUCAUCAUCAUCAUCAUCAUCAUCAUCAUCAUCAUCAUCAUCAUCAUCAUCAUCAUCAUCAUCAUCAUCAUCAUCAUCAUCAUCAUCAUCAUCAUCAUCAUCAUCAUCAUCAUCAUCAUCAUCAUCAUCAUCAUCAUCAUCAUCAUCAUCAUCAUCAUCAUCAUCAUCAUCAUCAUCAUCAUCAUCAUCAUCAUCAUCAUCAUCAUCAUCAUCAUCAUCAUCAUCAUCAUCAUCAUCAUCAUCAUCAUCAUCAUCAUCAUCAUCAUCAUCAUCAUCAUCAUCAUCAUCAUCAUCAUCAUCAUCAUCAUCAUCAUCAUCAUCAUCAUCAUCAUCAUCAUCAUCAUCAUCAUCAUCAUCAUCAUCAUCAUCAUCAUCAUCAUCAUCAUCAUCAUCAUCAUCAUCAUCAUCAUCAUCAUCAUCAUCAUCAUCAUCAUCAUCAUCAUCAUCAUCAUCAUCAUCAUCAUCAUCAUCAUCAUCAUCAUCAUCAUCAUCAUCAUCAUCAUCAUCAUCAUCAUCAUCAUCAUCAUCAUCAUCAUCAUCAUCAUCAUCAUCAUCAUCAUCAUCAUCAUCAUCAUCAUCAUCAUCAUCAUCAUCAUCAUCAUCAUCAUCAUCAUCAUCAUCAUCAUCAUCAUCAUCAUCAUCAUCAUCAUCAUCAUCAUCAUCAUCAUCAUCAUCAUCAUCAUCAUCAUCAUCAUCAUCAUCAUCAUCAUCAUCAUCAUCAUCAUCAUCAUCAUCAUCAUCAUCAUCAUCAUCAUCAUCAUCAUCAUCAUCAUCAUCAUCAUCAUCAUCAUCAUCAUCAUCAUCAUCAUCAUCAUCAUCAUCAUCAUCAUCAUCAUCAUCAUCAUCAUCAUCAUCAUCAUCAUCAUCAUCAUCAUCAUCAUCAUCAUCAUCAUCAUCAUCAUCAUCAUCAUCAUCAUCAUCAUCAUCAUCAUCAUCAUCAUCAUCAUCAUCAUCAUCAUCAUCAUCAUCAUCAUCAUCAUCAUCAUCAUCAUCAUCAUCAUCAUCAUCAUCAUCAUCAUCAUCAUCAUCAUCAUCAUCAUCAUCAUCAUCAUCAUCAUCAUCAUCAUCAUCAUCAUCAUCAUCAUCAUCAUCAUCAUCAUCAUCAUCAUCAUCAUCAUCAUCAUCAUCAUCAUCAUCAUCAUCAUCAUCAUCAUCAUCAUCAUCAUCAUCAUCAUCAUCAUCAUCAUCAUCAUCAUCAUCAUCAUCAUCAUCAUCAUCAUCAUCAUCAUCAUCAUCAUCAUCAUCAUCAUCAUCAUCAUCAUCAUCAUCAUCAUCAUCAUCAUCAUCAUCAUCAUCAUCAUCAUCAUCAUCAUCAUCAUCAUCAUCAUCAUCAUCAUCAUCAUCAUCAUCAUCAUCAUCAUCAUCAUCAUCAUCAUCAUCAUCAUCAUCAUCAUCAUCAUCAUCAUCAUCAUCAUCAUCAUCAUCAUCAUCAUCAUCAUCAUCAUCAUCAUCAUCAUCAUCAUCAUCAUCAUCAUCAUCAUCAUCAUCAUCAUCAUCAUCAUCAUCAUCAUCAUCAUCAUCAUCAUCAUCAUCAUCAUCAUCAUCAUCAUCAUCAUCAUCAUCAUCAUCAUCAUCAUCAUCAUCAUCAUCAUCAUCAUCAUCAUCAUCAUCAUCAUCAUCAUCAUCAUCAUCAUCAUCAUCAUCAUCAUCAUCAUCAUCAUCAUCAUCAUCAUCAUCAUCAUCAUCAUCAUCAUCAUCAUCAUCAUCAUCAUCAUCAUCAUCAUCAUCAUCAUCAUCAUCAUCAUCAUCAUCAUCAUCAUCAUCAUCAUCAUCAUCAUCAUCAUCAUCAUCAUCAUCAUCAUCAUCAUCAUCAUCAUCAUCAUCAUCAUCAUCAUCAUCAUCAUCAUCAUCAUCAUCAUCAUCAUCAUCAUCAUCAUCAUCAUCAUCAUCAUCAUCAUCAUCAUCAUCAUCAUCAUCAUCAUCAUCAUCAUCAUCAUCAUCAUCAUCAUCAUCAUCAUCAUCAUCAUCAUCAUCAUCAUCAUCAUCAUCAUCAUCAUCAUCAUCAUCAUCAUCAUCAUCAUCAUCAUCAUCAUCAUCAUCAUCAUCAUCAUCAUCAUCAUCAUCAUCAUCAUCAUCAUCAUCAUCAUCAUCAUCAUCAUCAUCAUCAUCAUCAUCAUCAUCAUCAUCAUCAUCAUCAUCAUCAUCAUCAUCAUCAUCAUCAUCAUCAUCAUCAUCAUCAUCAUCAUCAUCAUCAUCAUCAUCAUCAUCAUCAUCAUCAUCAUCAUCAUCAUCAUCAUCAUCAUCAUCAUCAUCAUCAUCAUCAUCAUCAUCAUCAUCAUCAUCAUCAUCAUCAUCAUCAUCAUCAUCAUCAUCAUCAUCAUCAUCAUCAUCAUCAUCAUCAUCAUCAUCAUCAUCAUCAUCAUCAUCAUCAUCAUCAUCAUCAUCAUCAUCAUCAUCAUCAUCAUCAUCAUCAUCAUCAUCAUCAUCAUCAUCAUCAUCAUCAUCAUCAUCAUCAUCAUCAUCAUCAUCAUCAUCAUCAUCAUCAUCAUCAUCAUCAUCAUCAUCAUCAUCAUCAUCAUCAUCAUCAUCAUCAUCAUCAUCAUCAUCAUCAUCAUCAUCAUCAUCAUCAUCAUCAUCAUCAUCAUCAUCAUCAUCAUCAUCAUCAUCAUCAUCAUCAUCAUCAUCAUCAUCAUCAUCAUCAUCAUCAUCAUCAUCAUCAUCAUCAUCAUCAUCAUCAUCAUCAUCAUCAUCAUCAUCAUCAUCAUCAUCAUCAUCAUCAUCAUCAUCAUCAUCAUCAUCAUCAUCAUCAUCAUCAUCAUCAUCAUCAUCAUCAUCAUCAUCAUCAUCAUCAUCAUCAUCAUCAUCAUCAUCAUCAUCAUCAUCAUCAUCAUCAUCAUCAUCAUCAUCAUCAUCAUCAUCAUCAUCAUCAUCAUCAUCAUCAUCAUCAUCAUCAUCAUCAUCAUCAUCAUCAUCAUCAUCAUCAUCAUCAUCAUCAUCAUCAUCAUCAUCAUCAUCAUCAUCAUCAUCAUCAUCAUCAUCAUCAUCAUCAUCAUCAUCAUCAUCAUCAUCAUCAUCAUCAUCAUCAUCAUCAUCAUCAUCAUCAUCAUCAUCAUCAUCAUCAUCAUCAUCAUCAUCAUCAUCAUCAUCAUCAUCAUCAUCAUCAUCAUCAUCAUCAUCAUCAUCAUCAUCAUCAUCAUCAUCAUCAUCAUCAUCAUCAUCAUCAUCAUCAUCAUCAUCAUCAUCAUCAUCAUCAUCAUCAUCAUCAUCAUCAUCAUCAUCAUCAUCAUCAUCAUCAUCAUCAUCAUCAUCAUCAUCAUCAUCAUCAUCAUCAUCAUCAUCAUCAUCAUCAUCAUCAUCAUCAUCAUCAUCAUCAUCAUCAUCAUCAUCAUCAUCAUCAUCAUCAUCAUCAAUCGUUUACUAAGAGGAAUGAUAAUAAAACUGAUCAGGAAUUAACUAAAAAUCUGCCAUUGGGAGAUGAUCCCAUACCUCAAUCUUUUACUUGGAGAGAUGUUGAAGAACUAAAUGAUGCAGAGCGAGGGAUAGUUAUGUUCAGAGAAAAUGAAAAGUUAAUAAAAACUCAAAUGGAUAAAAUGGCUCAGAAUCUGUUUGCAGAAAGUGAAGCGAUCAAUAAGUACGUGAAGUGUAUAAGUAAACAACAUCAAGCAGAAUCCUAUCAUUCAUUUACCAAAGAAAUGAGUGAACAGUUUGAAAAUAAAGAUCUAAUGUCAUUUCCGCACUAUUCAACCUUGAAGGAUUGUUUCAUGAGACAAAAACCUAUUUCAGAAAAACAGAAGUUUAAUAACAAAAAUAAAGUUUGCAAAAUACUUGGAACAUUCACUGAAAAAGAUAUUCAAGUUCUGAAUCGUUUAAUUUCUAAGAAAUACGAUAUUUUAUGGAGAUGGAACAGAGUAUUAUUUAACUACGACUUCGCUUCGAGAAAUAUUGAGCAAACAGUUGAUUUCUUAAAAAAGUUAUAUGAAAACUGGUGA